AUCACGCGCCCAUCUUAAAGAGAACCAACCCCGACCAAGAAAAAACAAGAAAAUAAUACACAAUUGGCGACGGCGGUGCAGAGGUUCUCCGUGUGAUCCGAUCGAACGGGUACGGAACGACGGACUUGGGCUAAAUCCUUGAGGUCAGGGGUCAGCGGUCCGUAAGUAAUGGCCGGCGACAUGUCCAUCGGCUGUGCGGCAAUCAAACGAUCCAGCAAGCUGAGGUCCUGCACCAGUGCCGCCGACACGGACUCGAUGCGGGUGCCCAGCGACCACAGGGACAAUGGAAACCUGGUCAAGACGCCCCCGGUGCCGCCCCAGAAUAUGCGGGGCGGUCUACGGGUCUACAAGAUCGUCAUCCUGGGCGACGGCGGAGUGGGAAAGUCAGCUGUCACCCUUCAGUUCGUGAGCCACAGUUUCCUGGACUACCACGACCCCACAAUUGAGGACUCCUACCAGCAACAGGCGGUCAUCGACAACGAGGCCGCCCUGCUCGAUAUCCUUGACACCGCCGGUCAGGUGGAGUUCACGGCCAUGCGGGACCAAUACAUGCGUUGCGGCGAAGGUUUCAUUAUCUGCUACUCGGUCACCGACCGUCAUAGCUUCCAGGAGGCAUCCGAGUACCGGAAACUAAUCACCAGGGUUCGCCUCUCUGAGGACAUUCCACUGGUUCUGAUUGCCAACAAGGUGGACCUAGAGUCGCAGCGACGCGUGACCACCGAGGAGGGUAAGAACCUGGCUAACCAGUUCGGUUGCCCCUUUUUCGAGACCUCGGCUGCACUGCGUCAUUACAUCGACGAGGCGUUCUACACGCUAGUCCGCGAGAUUCGGCGUAAGGAGAUGCAGAAGGCACUGGGAACGGACUCCAAUUCGGAAAAGAUCCAUACGGGGCGGCGAAGCCGCUGGUGGCGAAUCCGAUCCAUCUUCGCCUUGGUGUUCCGGCGCAGGAGGAACCUCAAUUAGGUCCAGGUGGAGAUUUGUUUGAACGAGUGCAAUAUUAACCACACAUACGAGUAACUUUUGUUCGCUAUAUACACGGAAUGUAUAUAGCACACGCCCAUCAAAUACUACCUACAAGAAUUUACCGAUCGAGGAGAACACUAAUUGUUAUGGCCACAGUGGUUUAUUUAUUAUUUGUUACAAAACUAUUUAAAAUACUUGUUGUCGGCCAGAAAGAUUAGCGAGAAGGUAGAGCAGCGAUAGAGUAUAUCAAUACGUUUAAGCACCGAUCCAAAAGAUACAUAUUAACAAUGCACGUACAUAUGUUUAUGUAGUAAAUAUUACUAACGUUGAUUCCUAGACGAGAGCGAUUCAGGAAGUGUGGCAAUUGGCCGAAGCUCAAAAGCAUUUAAAUUCAGCAAGAUCGAAGGGGAGACCCCCCAGUGAACAUUCUGAAAACUCUGAAUCCUAGCCAGGAGAUAAACCCAACGGCCAAUUGCCAGGUAAACAGAGCGGAACAGGGGAUGAUUUUUAAACUUAUGUAUGUACGUAUUUACUCAAAAGACACGCACAUGACAUACGACACAAGCAACACAUUUAACUAAUCGAAUAAAUGUUGAAUUUAAUGUA